AUGAGGACGACGUUACGACUGGCGGCAUCUGCCGUUCAUCCGCUGCGUCCAAGCUUAUCUCUACCCACGUUGAGGUGCAUCAAGCCAAUUCACCACACAAAUACCCUCCGUACCAUUACUGGCAUCCACCACGGUCCAACGACACCAUCUCGAGCGACUGCGACACGAACGACAAAGUCACAGUGUUUUUCCACGUGUCAAUUAUCUGGACUACGGCGAAGGAUACCAAGAGACCAGGACGGAUCAUCCAUCUACGAAUUCGCGACUCCAUCACCUACUAAACCUAAUUUAACCUCUCGAGACACGAAACUGACAUGCGCGUAUUUCGACAAGGAUGGCACGCUGCUGUCUGAGCACAAGCAGCUCACAAAGAGCAAGAUAGCAGAACAAUUCGAACUCCGACAUCGAGAUCUACGCGACAUCGAUCUUCGCUCUGAAUCCGUGACGCGCAUCCUCAUCCGACCGGCGACCAUUCUUUUGCAAUUCUUCGACCUGUGCAUGAUUAUCCAAGCGGACGAGGCUCUUCUUGUCAACCUGCACGACUCUCAAAAUGGAAACGAGGGCGCCAGCAGCGGUAGCAGCAGCAGCAGCAGCACCACGGCCAUGUACAGCGACUUUGAGAGGCGCAUGUCGGCCAAGGAAACCGCCGAUCUCCCUGAGCUGCCGUACGAGCUACGUGCGGUUGAGGCGGCAUUGGUGGCGGUCCUCUCCAUCAUCCGCGAGGAACUCGUCCAGGCCAAACAAGACGCCGAGGAGAGCGCGCGAAAACUGAACCUCGAGUCCGGAUUCGCGGCCGUUGGCCUUGAUUUGCUAUUUGAGCAUUCUCGACAGCUGGGAAAGAUCGAACAAAAGGCCCGGCUGGUGCGAGACACGAUCCGCGGGGUUCUCGACACGGACGAGGAUCUGGCCGCCAUGUACCUGUCCGACAGAAAGGCGGGCCGCGUUCACGAGAUCUACGACCACCAGGAGGCCGAGUACAUGCUCGAAGCGUACCACACUGCCGCUGACGCCCUGGUCGAGUCGGCGAGUGCGGCCAUGGACGUCAUGCGCAAAAAGGAAAACACCUUCAGGUCGAGCCUCGACGUGCAGCGCAAUCAGAUCAUGUUUCUCGAGGCGAAAGUCGCCAUUCACACUCUCGGCGUCGCGGCAGGGACCUUGAUAGCCGGCUUGUUCGGUAUGAACUUGAUCAAUUAUUUUGAGGACGCACCGUAUGCCUUCCCCAUCAUGACCGGUGCUUGUGUCGUCAUCAGCUCGCUGUUUUCUAUGAAGGGCAUGAGAAGUAUAUGGCGUAUACAAAAAUUAAAAGGUAUCCAGGGUCAGAUGAUACCAUCCCGGCAUCGUCGGACUUGA